ACUUAGAUAAUACUACUUUCAACCGGUCCAAUUUCUCUAAUCUUUGUUACUCCUGUACAUCAACGUCUCCUCCAACCAAAGCUUCAAAGAUUGGUAUAAAAUCUGAUGGCUAACACCUCCGAAAACUUUUAAAAUUUUUACUUUCAAAGGAUGUCCAAACCAAUUUAAAGCUAAUCUUCAGAAUUUUGAGCCUGUGGAUUGGAAUCAAUUUCAUGAGGCUUGUUUUCCAGGGUUGAUGGCAGUCUGGAAAACCAGGAAAAUCAGGGAAUCCACUGUGAUCGGGAAAAUUCAGGGAAUUUAUCAGAGCCUUUUAUCUUCUGAACUGUUACUGAUUGCUUUUAUCUAUAAGUUGAUGUCCUAACAAAGAAAUUUUAUCUGUUAAACUAUCCAUCAGUUUAAAGAAUUAAAUGAAAUUGAUAAUUGCAUUUAGCCGCUCCAAAAUAGGGCCCUUUGCGUUAAGAUAUUUUGGCAUAGCGAUCUUUUGAUUUACCAAGAAUAUUAGCAGAGAACAUGAAGAUUAAAAAUUAGCUGGACAUUUUAAAUAGAGCCUAACCUUUGUCUUCUCUGCAAUCUCCUCUUAUCUUUGAUAGGAAAUCAGUAAUUGUUCAGUUUAAAUAGAAAGAAAGAAUUACAGAAAAAAAACCAUCUUAAUUGAAGCCGUAUCCAAAUCGAGAAAUUUGAAAAUAAAUUAUCCCUUUGUCUGAUCGUUCAAUUGGCACAGAUUGAAUCAGAUUGUAGUAUCAGAAGCAAUUUCCUCCCAGCUCAUGGAUUUCUGAUUCUGUGUUUUUUGCAUCGUUGCCAUGGCAACCAAUGAACAACAUUCAAUUAACGUAUGCAGUUGUGAAGUGACUUUAUUUGGAAUGAAUUUAUACUUCAUUUGCUGGUCACACAAAAACAAACAAUUACCAUGAGUGAAUUAGGACUGAAUGAACAUCAUCAGAGUACGUUGAACAGCUAUCUCAAGUUUAGUCGAUACUACCGUCAGCAAAAUUUAAAAAGUGUACAGCUCUCAUUUCAAGAUGUCUUGGAUGCGAGGUUGCUGGACUCAACGUACACAAAGCAAGAGGUAGAAGACUUAAUCACAAGCCUCCAAAAUUUGAUAGUUACAGAGAUGGAAGCAGAGUUGAUAAGCUUUUCUCACAUUAAUGUGUUGCUCCUGACACAAUUAUUCACGCAAGCUCAGCAAUGGCAUUUAAGACUGAACGUUGAUCUCUCAGAAUUGCAAAAUAAGAAACUCUUGGAGAUAGUAAAAUCUCUGGAGAAAGAUAAUUUUAGUGGGGAGAAAACAAGACUAAAGCCGAUUAAUGAAAGUUCUAAAUCCGUUGAACUUUUACGGCUCGAGAUAGAGCGUUUGAAAGAAGUCAACAAUCAACUUCAAGCCUCAUUGGAACUGAAAGACAAAGACUUUAUGAUGGCAAAUGAAAAGUACAAAGAGAUUAUAAAGGAAAAUGAUCACAAACUGCAGCAAUUCGGGGGCCAACCAAAAAAAGAUCAGGAAACAUCGACGGAAAGCUUGCCGAUUGAAAAGCAAUCAAGCACUGAAAAACUUCUGGGAGAUUAUGAAGCUGUUUUGAGAGAACAGUUGAGCGCAGAAUUGAUCACAAUGAAAGAAGAAAUGGCAACUGUACAAUCACAACUAACUCUUGCUGAGCAGGAGCUUGAGCAGAAAUUUAACCAAACCGCAGCAUAUAAUAAUAUGAAACGAAUCAUUGAUAAGAAGAAUCAACAGAUCCGAGAACUACGAGCUCAGCUUUCUCAUCCUCCGGAGGAUAGUAAUAAUUCAAAUUGAAAUGAAAAUAAUUCAUUAUACUUCUGUUCGGAAAAAUGAACCUUUUAAAUAUUAUUUUCACAAGUGGAAAGUUGUAUCAGACCCACCAUAUCACUAUAAAUUAAAUAUUUCUUUGAGGAUAAGCAGUAACCAUUAUUUCCACAGUUACAUUCAUAGCUAUCAAGAUCCUAAUUUUUUUUAGACAUCACAGUCUUUGCAAAUGAAAUUCAUCGAUCUUUUCAGCCUUAAUUUUGUACACUUUCAUAUUUUGUAGCACAUAACUGACCAGAAAUGGACAGCUGUGCUCCUUUUAGAUGAUAUGAGAACUAAAUUGGAGUUAAUUAAGUAAGCGUCAAUAAAAAAAAUAAUUCUAAAUCAAGUCUACCUGUCUAAAGAACAGUAUGUACGUACAUUUCAGUGUGAUUUGCCUCUUUCAGUAUUUACCUAUUUUAUUUUUGUUGUUAAAUUUAGUUGUUGAUAAGGGGUUGAACUAAACAAAUUCAACACUCUUUUUAUACCAUUAAAGUAUUUUUUCAUA